AUGCUGGCCGAGGAGGAGGACCAGGAUGAAGGAGCUAGCGAAGGUGAAGCCAAAGAAGGUGGACGCGAAGAAAGCAGAGAAAGGACAAAGGUCUUCAAGCAGGACGAGUUCACUGUGGGGAAGACUGGUAAAGAGAAGUUUCAGAUCCUCUUGAACUGCAACUUCUUAGCCGCCGUGCAUCCCGACGUCGAACUAGCCACCAUGACUGGCUACGAGCUCAUGGGUCCGGAUGAUGCAGGUUCUGGAAAGUAUUGGGCCAUUGGCAUCUCAGAGCAGCUUCAGCAAGGUGAUCACGUCAUGGUUUACCUGGAGCUUUCUGGGGGGCUGCCUAGCCGUGUCUGGUGGGAGAAGUUUAACUCGCCGGAUGCUCAUCAAGAGUACCUUGCCGCGGGUUCCCAGCGUGUCUUUGAAAGGCACAUGCGCCUCAUGGGCCUGAUUCCAUGGCAGAGCGAUGAAAAGCCAGCCAGACUGGCCAAUCCUCCAGAAUGGUAUGGGGGCGGUCGCGACAGAGAGGACUUGUUCAUGAAAAAUGUCUUCGUGUUGACUCCGGAAAUGCUGGAUCCCAACUACUCGAAGAACGAGCAGAAAGAGGAGGCAUUCGCACUAGCUGACAAGUGA